CUCAAGGCGGCAACAGUAAUCAGUCACAGUAGACUUAGGCAACAAAAUUCAACAAAUUGAAGACUCUGAAGGCUUUGACAAAACCAAUCUGAAAACAAAUAACCGGCAAAGAUGGAAAACAGUAAUAUGCGCGAUUUUGGUAAACCGAAGGAUGGUACAAUCGACAAAAUUGACUCGGCGAUAGCCACCCAAAUUGAUACAACUGCCAAUAGCAGCUCCUCCCCGCAAAUCAACGCUGACGAUAUACUCGACGGUAGUGACAAACAGAUGGCCGAUAUUGCUUCAGUGAACAGUCAUUAUAAUCAGGACGAGAGCAAAGUCCAACCAGUUGCUGCCGAUGAAGACAAUGGAGCUGCCGUCUCGAGUGCUGGCGGCGCUGCAAACGGAGCUGAACAACAACCGGAGGAGCUGCCACCGAAGCCAAAAGGUUGUGACAAGUGCGGCAAGAAAUUUGGAUUAACCGGCGGAUUUGCGUGUCGCUGUGGUGGCACAUUUUGCGCCUUUCAUCGUUACAGCGACCGCCAUGAUUGCAGCUUUGAUUAUCGCGAAUUGGGUGCCAGCGAAAUACGUCGCGAUAAUCCAGUAAUUGUACCCGAAAAGCUACGCAAAUUGUAGUACGCAUUCAUUCUGUAUUGCUGUUGUAAUUCCUAUACUACCUACCCUCUAUAUAUUUGUUUAUAAAUUAAAUUUCGUGAAUUUUUAUUUUUGGCAUGAACUAACACAACAUUAUAAAAACGCUUAAAGCGCAAUUGCACAAAACAGACAAAACGACAAACAAAAAGCCUGUUCAGAUGUACAAUAAAUUAUUCCAAUGUAUUAUCAUAUAUUUAGUGAUUAGCCAAGGAUUUAAAG